AUGAAGAGCACAUUCGCUAUUUGCGCCUUCCUGGCUGCUACGGUCUCUGCACACAUGCAGAUGAGCAAUCCUUAUCCUAUUCGAAGCCCUCUCAAUCCUAACGGCGACGAAAGCAAGAAAGAUUAUUCCUACACCAGCCCUCUGGACGCCUCGGGAUCAAACUUUCCUUGCAAAGGCUACCAAACCGACGCGUUUGUUUCAGUUGCAACCUACAAGCCUGGCAGCCAGUAUGAUCUGUCACUGACCGGUAGCGCUACGCACGGUGGCGGCUCCUGCCAAAUCUCUCUGUCCUACGAUACUGGCAAGACUUUCACUGUUAUUCAGUCCAUGGAGGGUGGCUGUCCUUUGACUUCCAAUUAUACUUUCACUGUUCCCAGUGACGCACCUUCUGGCCAAGCUCUACUUGCCUGGACAUGGUUCAACAAAAUUGGUAACCGUGAGAUGUACAUGAAUUGUGCCCAGGUGACCAUCGGGGGAUCCUCAAGCAAGCGUUCCCAUGUUCGCGAUAUGAUGGUCUCUCGUGCCGAUACUGCGUUCAGUGCUCGUCCCCCAAUUUUUAUUGCCAACGUGAAAGGUCCUGGUGGAUGCACUACAAUUGAAAGUCUGGAGGUCAACUUUCCCGAAGCAGGCCCUAAUGUUGUAGGUGGUGUUACUGGCACUGGAUACACCUGCACUGGAUCUGCCGAUUUCCUUGGCGAUGGAUCCUCAAGCAGUUCAUCCACCAGUGGUUCAUCUGGUUCCUCUGGCUCCUCUGGAACGUCUGGCUCUGGCACAUCUAUCCCAGCUGCCGCAGCAACCUCGGCUACCAGCACAACAGCUCCAGCUGUUGCUACUGUCGGCGCUUCAUCCGCUUCAGCCCCUGCUACCACUCUUGUGACCAGCACAAGCGCGCCAGCUACCAACACAAUCUUGCCAUCUGCAAGCAGCACAGCGCCCAAAGUCGUGAGCUCGGGUACGGCCACAAGUGGAGAGGCCUGUUCUAGCAACGGAGCUAUAGUCUGCGGUGCUGAUGGUACCACCUGGUCCAUGUGCAAUCAGGGGGCUUUGACUUAUAUGGGCUCCGUCGCUGCCGGAACUACCUGUUCGAACGGUUCUAUCUCCAAGAAGUAA